CAGGACCGGCUGAUGUUCGGGCAGGUCGGCCGGGCGGGCACGCAGGCUUACGAGAGAGGAGUUUGGCCAGAGAGGUUACUUUUAAAAAGACCUCGAUAUAUUUAGUUGUAUUUUUUAAUUGAAGGAAGUUGUUUCAACGAGUGAUCUAAGAGAUGGGGAACCGAGUCGCCCGUGAAGAUUACGAAUGGGUGUACACAGACCAGCCGCAUGCCGACAGGAGGAAAGAGAUCCUCGCCAAAUACCCAGAAAUCAAGUCAUUGAUGGGCCCUGACCCCAGGCUGAAAUGGAUUGUGUGCAUGAUGGUGGCUAUACAGUUUUUAGCUUUUUACCUGGUCAAAGACUUGGACUGGAAAUGGGUUUUGUUUUGGACAUAUGCUUUUGGCAGUUGUAUCAACCACUCAAUGACCCUUGCUAUACAUGAAAUCUCCCACAACACAGCGUUUGGAAACAACAAGGCCAUGUGGAAUCGCUACUUUGCCAUGUUUGCCAACCUGCCCAUCGGCCUGCCCUAUUCUGCCUCCUUUAAACGCUAUCAUCUGGACCAUCAUCGAUACCUCGGCGGAGACGGAGUGGAUGUAGACAUCCCAACUGAUUUUGAAGGCUGGUUCUUCUGCACACGCUUCCGCAAAUUCAUCUGGAUUAUACUGCAGCCACUGUUUUAUGCUAUUCGACCGCUCUGCAUCAACCCCAAACCCAUCACCCAGCUGGAGGUGACCAAUGUGGCCGUACAGAUCACCUUUGACAUCCUGCUGUACUCGCUGUGGGGAGCCAAGCCUCUGGUCUAUAUGCUGGCUGGCUCCAUGCUGGGGAUGGGAUUGCACCCCAUCUCUGGUCACUUCAUAGCUGAGCAUUACAUGUUCCUCAAGGGCCAUGAGACCUACUCCUACUACGGCUCCCUUAACCUGCUCACCUUCAAUGUGGGCUACCACAAUGAGCACCACGACUUCCCCAGCAUCCCAGGACGGAGGCUGCCAAUGGUGAAGAAAAUAGCAUCUGAGUAUUAUGAUGACCUGCCACAGUACACAUCAUGGAUGAAGGUCCUGUAUGACUUCAUCAUGGACGAUGCUCUGAGCCCUUACUCCCGGGUCAAGAGGAAGCUGAAGGGAGAUGUCAAGCAGGAAUAACUUCACUAAAAGCUUUUCUCUAACAAAGCUGCAGUGUCCACCAUGAAAGCAACCCAGCUCACCGUCCUACAGACUUAACAGCUUCUGCAUAUUAAUACACUAAGCAUGUGAAUUAAGGGUGGAAACUGUGGAGGAGUUUAGAAGAGUGCUGUCCUCACAGGAAAAGAAAAUACUUUAUUUGUUGUCCAGAUGAGAAAGGCCAGGUCAAGUGAUGGUGGAUUUAAAGAACAAGGCAAUACCAAGGAUUGGUUGCACAAAUCCUUAAAACUAAUCAGUCUCUGUUGUUGUUUCUCUGUUUCCUUGAAGUGAUAUUUUAGUAAGAAGCAAGAGUGGCCCAAUGAAAAACUGGUUUUAGUCAUCCAAGGUGUGCAACCAGCCCUUAGAAAUCAGAAAUCUAAAUCAUUAAAAUGCAGAUUUAAGAUCCUCCUCCUUUGGGUGUUUUGCAGUUGAGAGCCUGCAUAGUUACAGCAGCUUUGCUAUCAGUCACAGCAUCACUGUGCGUGUGUGUAAGUGGACCAAAAAUGAAUGAAUUAACACCCACCCCCAGACUUGACUGAGACUUUUGUUGUUUUUGAGUUCAUGGAGAGGCUUGCAUCGGUUGUUUCUAUUCAGUGAAGUUGACCUUUCUCUAGCCUGUGACCCUUUGUCUGAACUACCCUUCUUUUAAUGUGUAUUUUCAUACACCAAGACACAGUUAAUGUAUACUUGCACACUUUGAAUGGUCCACAUAAGUUUUUGAGGUUUUGGUGUAUGCGAGCGUACUGUGUGAAGCCCAUGAGUGCCUAAGCUAUGCUUUAUUCAAUGUUAGUCUUAAUUUAGAUUUUAUGAAUUCAUUCACUUUAAUGAACAAAACUGCCAAAAUGACUUCCUCCAAAAAUAUGAAUAUAUUCAAUAAAUAACUGAUCAUAUUGAAGCAAGAAAAAUUAAUUAAUGACCAGACAGACUUUAUUUCCCAGAUAAUGUGUCUUUCCUGGUAGUUUAGUCCAAGCUUAGAGACAUGAUGUUCUGUCACAGGUGCUAAAGUAAAUUAACUCAACGAAAUACAGAAUGGUACUCUGUGGUUUUUUCAUAUUCAAAUAAAUUGUAUUUUUGAGUUUUAAAUCCUGUACUCAGUUGGAGCCAUGGCAUUUGAUUGAAAACUGAGAUCAGACCGAUUUCAAAGAAAUAAAAACUUUGCUUCUACAAAACAAA